AUGCCUUCCAAAUCCUCCAAGUCCUCCAGCUCCGGCUGUGGCUGCCGCUGCUUCUCGCUGAAGACCCUCAGCUUCCUCGCCAUCUUCCUGGCGCUCUUCUCCGCCGUCUACCGCUACCUCGACGCGCGCCUCGAGCAGUUCUACAUUUUCGACCCCGAGCAUCUGCACGACCUCUCCCAGCGCGCAAUCAGCACCCACGGUGAAGACACCCGCUCCAUCGUCAACUUCAUUGUUGCCGAGCUCGAGCAGAAGGUUGGCCCCAACUACCUCAGCACCGAUGAGGAGUGGGUGUUCAACAACGCUGGCGGUGCCAUGGGCGCCAUGUACGUGAUCCACGCCAGUAUCACCGAGUACCUGAUUAUCUUCGGCACCGCCAUCGGCACCGAGGGCCACACCGGCCGCCACACCGCCGACGACUACUUCAACAUCCUCCAGGGUACCCAGCUCGCCUACGUUCCCGGCGAGUUCAAGCCGGAGGUCUACCCGGCUGGUAGCGUGCACCACCUGGUUCGCGGCGAGGUCAAGCAGUACAAGAUGGAUGAGUCUUGCUUCGCGCUCGAGUACGCCCGUGGCUGGAUCCCUCCCAUGCUCUUCUUCGGCUAUGCCGACACCUUCUCCAGCACUUUGGACUUCCCUACCUUGUGGGCUACUACGCGCAUCACUGCCCGCGAGAUGGUCGGAAACUUGAUGCAAUUCAAGCUGUAA